AUGGAGGAUGAACUUAAUGUAACAUAUAUAACUCUUACUGGGCAUGUGGAGGUGCAAAAAUACAGAUAUCUUUAUUUUUUGAUCAUGUUUACAGUUUAUAUUCUAAUAAUUUGCUGUAAUUUCACCAUUGUGUAUCUUAUUUGGAUUCACAAAAACCUUCAUGAGCCUAUGUACAUUUUCAUUGCAGCUUUGUUAAUCAACUCAGUUCUUUUCAGCACUAAUAUCUACCCAAAGUUGUUAAUUGACUUUUUGUCUGAAAAACAGAUCAUAUCCUAUUCAGCUUGUCUCUUUCAGUUUUUUUUAUUUUAUUCUUUAGGAAGUUCAGAGUUCUUACUGUUGUCAGCCAUGGCCUAUGACAGGUAUGUGUCUAUAUGUAAACCUCUGCAAUAUCCAACUAUCAUGAGGAAAACCACUGUGAGUAUUUUUCUGGGUUUAGCUUGGCUUGUACCUGCUUGUCAUAUUUCAGUUCUAGUAAUAAUGAGUGCUGAUUUGAAACUCUGUAAUUUAACGUUGAAUGGAAUCUUUUGUAAUAAUUCAAUUUACAAUCUCCACUGUGUGAGUUCAAGAACACGAUCUAUAUUUGGUGUUUUUGCCGUGAUAGUCACUGCACUUUUCCCUCUGCUCUUCAUACUCUUCACAUACACCAGGAUACUUAUAAUCUCCUAUAGAAGCUGUAAAACUGUCAGGAAAAAAGCUGCACAGACCUGUUUACCUCACCUGCUGGUUUUAAUCAGUUUCUCCUGUUUGUGUGCGUAUGAUGUCAUUAUAGUUCGACUGGGGUCUAAAUUUCCAAAAACUGCACGUUUAAUAAUGACUUUACAAGUGAUUCUGUAUCAUCCUCUCUUCAAUCCAAUUAUAUAUGGUCUAAAAAUGAAAGAAAUCUCUAAACACCUGAAGAGGUUGUUCAGUCAAACCAAAGUGAUGUGA